AUGCAACAGUCUUCACCGACGCAAACUCGAAGCAAGUCGGAACUGCAACAGCUACAGAAUGACGAAGUGAAUGUGCUUAAGAGUAUAUUUGGAGAUGAUUUCGUGGAGAAAAAGACAAAGAAAGGUGUAGAUAAGGCCUUCUUUCUCAAACUGGAGGGAUUCGGUGAAGAUAUUCGAGGUCUCGUUGGAAUCGAGGUCCACGUCAGAAUGGGGGAAAAGUAUCCAGUCCUACCACCACUUCUGGGUCUCGAGAAAGCUACAGGCAUUAGCGAUGAUCAGGCUGAGGAACUCCAAACUCUCUUGAUUGAUAAGGCUAAAGAAUGUCUUGGAAACGAAAUGAUCUUUGAUUUGGCUACUCUUGCUCAACAAUACAUCACAGAAAACAAUGUGGCGAUACGAAGAAAUCAGCACAGAGGACUACACGCUGAGAUGCUCUCUCGAAAGGAAAAGAAUGAGGCAGAGGAACAGAAAAAGAUUAGUAAAGAGUUGCGUGAAGCUGAAGAGAUACGAGUUAAAGCUGAACAAGAAGAGCACCUGAAACAAGUACUUCAAUAUGAGGAGGAGAUACGACGAAAACAAGAACAAAUGGAUGAAGAGAAGCAGCGUAGAAGAAGGCAACGGCAUGCUAGUCAUCCAAAUCAUGACGAUGCAACAACAACAGCAUUCAACAGUCACGCAGCCCUACCAGAAUUCAUUGAGCCACCACUCAACCCAUACCUUCCAAGUACUAUAAAAUCGAAAUCACGAUACCAAACAGAUUUUCAAGAACUUGAACUACUUGGAAAGGGUGGCUUUGGAGCCGUCUUCAAAGUCCGUAAUCGAGUCGAUAGUCGUGUCUAUGCAGUCAAGAAGAUACGACUCGUGUCAAGUGGUGAUGUAUCUAAACUGUUACGUGAAGUGCAGAGUCUAAGUAGAAUCCAGAAUCAGUAUAUUGUUAGAUACUACCAGUCGUGGUUUGAAGAAUCAGAUGGCAGUGUAUGGCAUGCUGAUUCAGAGGAUGAAUUCUCGUCGAGCUCUGAAGAUGACGAAGACUCAUAUAGUGAAAGCAUAGAUGAAUCUGAAGAAGAAGAUAAGCCAGAUACGAACUCGGAUUGGUUGGCAUCUAGAGAAAUGUCACGAUCACGUAGUUUCCUCAUAAAUCCCAAUAAUCCUGGUGGUGCUGCAGAAAGCACAAACACUCCAUCAUCCGUAGCAGUAACCACCGAUUCUGAUAGUAAAUCAAGUGUGAAACCCAUGGAACGAGUCCUCUACAUCCAAAUGGAAUACUGUGAAAAACGAACACUACGAGACUUGAUUGACGAAGGCCCUCUAGCCGAUAACGAAAUAUGGGCAUAUCUUCGUCAAAUUGUAGAAGGGCUCGCUGAAAUUCAUCGACAGGGUAUGAUACAUCGAGACCUCAAGCCAGGAAACAUCUUCUUGGACGCCGACAAGAAUAUUAAGAUUGGAGAUUUUGGACUGGCUACCACGAAAACAGACAUGGCGUCUGAUCCUAGAGCUAUAUAUGAUUUGGUCGCUAGUAAUGAUAUUGAAGCCGAGUCUUUGACUCAGGCUCUGGGAACGCCUGUAUAUGUGGCUCCUGAAAUGAAUGUCAGGAGUCCUAGUACUAGUACUAGCAAUUCCAUUGUUGGUGGUGUGGCUGGUGCUGGAGGAAAGGGUAUUCCCAAGAUUCCAAUGUACAAUAAUAAGGUUGAUAUGUACAGCUUAGGAAUAGUCCUAUUCGAAAUGUGCCACCCCUUCGGAACAGCAAUGGAACGAGCUAUAUGUCUACGAGAACUACGCCGUCCCGAGAUCCUCUUCCCAUCCGAAUUCGACUUGAAACGACACGAUGCCAAAUCCAAGAUCAUUAAAUGGUUGCUUUCACAUAACCCGAAAGAACGCCCGUCGUGUUUAGAAUUGCUGUCUUCGUCUCUUAUGCCGCCCAUGCUGGAAGAAGAGAAGCUUGCUGAAGCGUUAAGACUCAUGACGAAUAUUGAGAAUCCAUUGUAUUUCCCACGGUUGAGUAAAGUCCUGUUCUCGAGAGAGGCUGAUAAGCAUAAGGAUGCUGCUUUUGAUUUUAACAGUGAAGCAAACAUCUUAAGACCUGAAUUGGAACUGGCUGUCAAGAAAGUACAUGACUUGCUAAAAGUCACCUUUGAAAGGCAUGGAGCUCUUGAAUUGGUACCUCCUCUUCUCAUGCCCAAGACAGAUCUGUAUGAUCAGAAUAAGCAAGUGGUGUCGUUGAUGGAUCCUGAUGGGAAUAUCGUGCAGUUGCCGUAUGAUUUGACAGUACCAUUCGCUCGAUAUGUUUCUCGAGUGCCUCAAAAUGUUGUUCGUCUGAAAAGAUAUGCUUUUGGUCGAGUAUAUAGACUGAAUAGAGCCAAAGGACAACCACGAUCAGUCUACGAAGCAGACUUUGAUAUAAUAACAGCAACUCCUGGAGGGAGUGUAGUAGCAGAAGCCGAAGUCAUCAAAGUCGGCAUAGACAUUAUAUAUGACGUUCCAGAAAUGACGACAUCGUCAGAUAUAUACUUGAUUCGGGUCAAUCAUGGAUGUAUCCUAGACGGGAUAUUAGACGCUUGUCGAUUUCAGCGUAAUGUUGAGACUCGACGGCUUGUAUAUCAGAUAUUAGAGCAGUUGGAUAAACCUUUUACGUGGUCGCAGAUACGAAAGUCUUUGCAGCAGACUUUUCCAAGGACGUGUUUGGAUUUGCUGGAGCCGUUUGCUACUCUGAAAGGUGAUUUGGAUUCCACAUGUCACAAACUAGAAGCACAAUUAUCUGGUGAAGCAUUAUCACUGGCACGAACUGGUAUUUCCCAACUUCGACAACUAAUCAGCAUGUUGAGUUUGUUGAAUGUGAGGAAUCGAGUGGUUUUUGUGCCUACUUUGUCACAUAAUGCUUGGUUUUGUAAAACGGGAUUAAUGUUUCAGAUAUGUACGGUCAAAAAGAGAAAAGUUGAUGUGGUUGCUGCUGGUGGACGAUAUGAUCACUUAUUGGCCACUUUGCGACUCCCUUUUGGACGUAGCCAGCUCAUGCUGGGUGUUGGAAUUAGUAUUGCACUCGACAAGAUGAUUGGAUCAGUCGUCUCCGCCGAACCAGACGAAAUAACACCACAACAACAGCACAAGGAUCGUAAUCGAAUUGAUUCAGCACAUGGAGCUGAAAUCCUUGUGAUUGCUCUGACACGAGGACACUUGCAGGAUCGAUUAUCGAUUGUAGCUGAUUGCUGGUCUUGGGGUUUUUCAGCCGAUGUGCAGUAUGAGGAGGCCACAUUGUCUAUAGUUGAUGCCUUGAAUGCUGCACAGACGAGAGGCUUUAGUGUUGUUGUGGCUGUGAGGACUACGGAACGUGGAUUGGAUUUGAAGGUGUACAAUUUGGUUAGCAAAAGUGCUACUGAAGUUUCGAGAGUAGAACUACGGAACAGACUAAUCCAAGAAAUCAGCCACAUCAAAUCCAAACACCAACGAAUGUCGACACCUCCAACGCUAUCCGAUACACGGUAUCAACCAUCUACCCCCUCAUCAUCCACAUCACCACUAACAAGCACAACACCAGUCGUAUCGGACGUUCAAUUGAUAUUAGCAUCGUCACAACAACAUUCAACAAAAUCCAAACAAAAACAUAAAAAUAAGCUAAUGAUGCAAACAUCAGUGAAAUCGGCUGUUGCAUCUAAACUUGAUUCGUUAACUAGUGUGGGCAUUGUGGGUGUUGAGGCACCUGGUAGUUUGUUGAGGAGGCUGUGUAAAGUUGUGGAUGUGAAUGACGAUGCUGAGUUUAGGAGUGUGCUGGAUUCGACUCCUGCUCCUUUUCGAGAGUGA